AUGACAUCUGGAACGGAUGUGUACACAAAAGGGAAAGUUCCUGCAGUGCCUGUGUCAGUGAGACAGCUGGCAUUUCGUCUUCGUAUCCUAAGCGAACAUACAGGUCACCAACAGACAUCGGCCAUUCGGUUGGACUGUUUGGAAAGUUCUCGUUGGCCCAGCCUGCCCGCCAGAGAAGAAUACGUAUUCCUACACUUGAUACAGAGGCACACCGAGAAUGCUACAAUUUCAGAAGCCUUUUCCAAAAUUAACCAAUCUCAUCUAACUGCUAUAUUGUCAUACCGUCAUUUUUUGCGGAAACUCAAUUCAUCCUUCUCGCCCGUUCCAAUGAGCGCUGUUUCUCGCCAGCGUCCAGAGAAAGGAGGCAUCGACGUCUCCGGGAGCAAUGGGCCCUCCAGUCAGAAGGUCGUUCAUGAACGACUGUGCAAUGUCGUGUGGCCUUCCGAACUGCGUCUUAAGGGUAUCCAUGGCUCUUUGGUAGCCUAUCUUUCCAGGAAGGAACAAGCAGUUUUCAAUGGCCUCCUUGGCUUCCCCGCAGCAAUAAUGAAGAAGGUACAUCAAUUUAUUGCUGUCGUCAGCCGAUCAGCUCUGCGUCUUAAGGGUAUCCAUGGCUCUUUGGUAGCCUAUCUUUCCAGGGAGGAACAAGCAGUUUUCAAUGGCCUCCUUGGCUUCCCCGCAGCAAUAAUGAAGAAGCGUUUACCGACAGGUGAACCACAGGAGCGUUCUAAACUGGCUUCUUCUUACCAUUAUUGA